AUGCAGUGCGAUGAACAGCGACCCAAUUGUGCGAAAUGUGAGAGCCGCCUAGAUGUCUGCGAAUAUAGUUCUUCCGGCCCUUGGCUAUGGACGAAUGCUGCUGUUGCCGGGCAUGCUUCCACAGAGUAUCAAGAGGCGAUAUUCAACGAAAGCACGUCAAGUAGAGGUGACCAAGAAAGUGAAACACCCUCUGGUGUCAUAUCUCUCACUAUCCCCUCCCGAGGCCUGGAUACCUCACAAGAUAUGCUCCUUCGGCACUGGGUAAACGUGACUGCCCUCAGUAUAUCUAGAAACGAUACGGAUCGCCAAAUAUGGCAGACUCUGCUGCCCCGCGAGGCGUUGUCUAGCCCAUAUUUAUUGCACGGGGUUUUGGCGCUUACAGCGAUUCAUCUUGCACUUAUUAAUUCACUGCAAGAUGAUCAACGCGAAAAAUGGAUUGGUAUUGCUGAGUACCACCAAAGUGAAGCGAUCAAUUUAUUCACUCGUACCGUGGAGAAAAAUACUCGGCCCAAGCACAUCAGAGAUUCUCUUCUCUCGAGUCUUCUCAUGGGCUUCGCUUUUGCCUUUCCGCUCGCCGUUGCUGGAUCGGCUCAAAGGCUACUUGAGCCACUAGAAGAAUUGAUUCAGGUUAUUACGUUCAUAAGAUCAACGAUGAACUUCUCAGCCCCAAUACUGACAGGGGUUAAAUCCGAUGAACUAAGUCGGUUGACACAUGUUAAGCAAACAAAGUCAGUUUUGACGGGGCCUUCAUACUCUGCAAUAUCUAGGCUGUACGAGCUCAACGCCAUCCACAUGCUGGAUCCAGCAGAUCAUCAAGUGUUCCACCAAACCAUCAGUCAACUUGGAGAUGCCUUUGCUUGUAUAGACAGCGGAUUGGAGCCGCUUGCCGGGGUUUUCAUGUCCAUUUCUGAACUGCCGACUCGAUUUCAUCAUUUUCUGCUGCAACGCCACCCCUUUGCAUUAGUCAUAUUCGGGCAUUACUGUGUUGCUCUUCACCAUUUCAGAUGGCUCUGGUGGAUCUCAUUUUGGGGAGAGCGCGUGCUUGUGGCGAUUAAAGAAAAACUAGAUUCUGAAUGGACACCCUUUCUUGAAUGGGCGCUAGAUACGACUGGCCUUUGA